AUUUUACAUAUGACUUCCGGUUCCGGUAUAUUUGAGAAAGUUGCUUCACUCAGAGAAAUCAGAGGUUAAAUAUUUAAAAACAAAAUGUCUGUCGUACUUCAAAAUUAAGUAACGAAAAGUAUGCCUAGAAGAAUAUGUGUUCCAAGCCUGAAGCGCUGUUGUCUCGUCAAUGUCGUCAAAAACAUGGACGACGUCUGGUGCAAGGAGAGCGCAGAGAUGUUUGCAGAGAACCAGCAGUGGUUGUAUGUGUUGGGGCCCUUUGAACAUCUAACAUCGGACACCAUUCAGGAGAUAAUUGAUGUGUUGAUUGAGAAGAAGACAAUUAAAAGGAUUCAUCUUCAGUUGUUGCUCCAGACCAGGAUCCAGAAGCUAAGAGUAGAUGUCCAAACAGGUGGACUUCAGACUUGCAUUGUACAGUUAGUUGGAUGGAGAUGUAGGAAAUUGACAAAGCUUGACAUCAGCAGCUGCAGGCUUGUUCCAGCCAAGUCCCUGGCUGAGAUGGUGUCAGGUAUUCCUGACAUAGUCUCCCUGAACCUGAACAAUACUCAGAGCAAUGACCAAGUGCUAUGUAGGAUAGCAGUCCACUGCAGGAGGCUAAGAGAACUGAAUGUAGCAUACUGUAACAUCAAAGAUGCAGGUGCUCUAAGUUUAUGUGGAGGGUCAACACCAGACACUGUUGAUACAGGAUGUCCAGAGUUGAUAACAUUAGACUUUGAGGGGACCAAUAUCUCCCAAAAAGCCCAAAUUAUAAUACUGUCAUCUUUACACCACCUCCACAACAUAAAAGCCCCAUCACUUUUUCAGGCUAUACAGGAAUUGGGCUGCAGCGAUACAAGAGACCUAAGUAAGCUUAGGAGCUUAGAUGUUGAGGCAACCGAUGAGGAUAUUGCUGCAAUCCACUUGCUAUGCCCAGGAUUAGCCAAGCUAUAUUUGACCUGUCUUAGGGUGAAUAACCUAGAAGUCAUCGCAGAACUGAGUCAUCUUCAAAGCCUGACCCUUCUGGAUGAAAACCAGUCUUUAUCUUUCACCAAAGUUGUUUAUCCUGUUUUGAAACUAGCAGGAGCAAGGUUAAAAAGUCUCAUUCUUUUAGAUGUGUUCCCAGUAAGCAUUUCAUUUAUAGGAAGUGUGUGUCCUCAUCUUGGUCACUUUGGUUAUUGCUUGUACAGACGCAGGGAUGCCAGUUCUCUAGACUAUCAGGUUGCUAAUCUGAACAUGGACGCACAUGUAGGUCAAAAGUAUUUCCAACAUUUAAUGACAUUAGAGGUUUCCUUGAUUGGAAGGAGUGUGGGUUUAGAUGGAAUGCCAGGACCGGAGUAUUUGACCAGGAUAGAUGUGAACUGUCUUCUCAGUCACUGCUUGGGUCUGAGGGACAUAAACUUUAGAAAGGUUCAAGCUUUCAGUGAUGAGGUCUUUUCAGAAGUAUUCACUACCAAUCGCUUUUUAACCACCAAGCAGUUUGCUCUAGAUAAAUGUCAUGAAAUAUCAGACCUGUCCAUAAGGUGCCUAGUAGAACAGGAGAGUGAUCUUGAAGUGCUUAAACUGUGGAAGUGUAAGAAAGUGUUCAGAGCUCAUUUCAUGAACUAUGAAGAUUAUGCACAGCGUAACCAUCUAAACUUGAGAGUACAGUGGACCUGAUGUGUCUCACAUUAAGACCACAUAGGUUGAUUCCAGAUAUGACAUUAUAAGGAUCAAUAUAUGUGCUGUUUGAAUGGACCAAUAUUAUUGGCUUCUUAGCCAGGGGCUCUUUUAGGUGCAAUUUAUUCGUAGGCAGAUGUGAAACUUGAAAAUAUUUUGAAAUUUUUUACAGCCUUGAACAAAGUAAGCCUGUGGCAGUCUGUGCAAUGUUAAAGGGAUAACAACUCUUCAUUUUGCCCAGAAAAGUGCCAUAAAAUAGAUUUUCCUGGGGUAAAUGA